GUCGCACCCACGCGGCAUACGCCCGCGUCGCGCCCAAACGCUCUCAGGCUGCUUCGCUUCGCAACUCCUUUUAAGCGCUGUCGCGCUCCCUUGCCAUUAGGACGUCGCUUCCACUCCGUCGCGAUACAAACACGCGAAGCUUAAGAAGAAAGCAGAGACCUUCGCCGCGGGAGGUCUCUCUCUCUCUCUCUCUCUCUCUCUCUCUCUCUCUCUCUCUCUCAGGAUGCUCACGAGGCGGCACGGAGGGUUCCGGCUCGGCCGGAAGCUGCUCAGCGCCUGGCGCUGGGCGCUCUGCCACCGUCGCCGCCGCCGAGGCUGCGGGUACCUCCGCCUGCAGCCAUGCCCGGGAGGCAACAGAUCCCCCUCGGCAGCUGCGGCGGUGAUCAGCGCCAAGAAGCAGCAGCAGCAGCAGCACGACGUCAUGCCGCGGCUCGAUUCUCCGCGGAUGCUGCUGACGUGGGGGCGGUCGCUCGCGCGGCGGAUGAGGCUCCUGCGCCGGCACCCCGCAGACCGGCUGCUGGAGGACGCCGGGGAGGCCACCACGCCGAAGGGGCAGGUGGCGGUGUACGUCAGCGGGGCCGAGCCCGGGGAGUCGAUGCGGUACGUGGUGCCGGUGGUGUACUUCAACCACCCGCUGUUCGGGGAGCUGCUGCGCGAGGCCGAGGAGGAGUUCGGCUUCGAGCACCCCGGCGGGAUCACCAUCCCGUGCGCGGCCUCGCGGUUCGAGCGCGCGGCCGCCGUGGCCGCCGCGGGCGGCGGCUUGAAGAAGGUGUCCGGCUGGUGUUAGCACGUGGCCACCCCGUGGCCGGUGUACAUACACAUGCCCCUGAUCUGAGGAGGAUCCCAUGGGGAUUCAUCCUUGUGUUCUUUUUUUUCCUCAUUAGUUUUGGCCUUUUUUUGUCCUUCCUUGCCCUUUUCCUUGUGGAUUGUGCAUGGGAUGGGAUGCGAGGAGGCGUAGUUAGAUUGAGAGGUGAAGGGUAUUUUUGGGUCAGCAAGCAUGUUCCCCCAACUUGCAAUUCCAUGUUGGAAACCAUCAAACAGGUACGUCAGGUGUGAUCUGGUGAUUCUCUUUGCAACUGACCGAUUGAUCCA